AUGUGUGAUUUUCAAAAAGCUUUUUUUUUUGCGUUACUCUGUAUUUUUUUAUGUAAGAGGAGUAGACAUUCGUGUAGCAAAAGAUACGCCACCUCACAGUGGAAGUUCAUUAGUGCAUCUGGCACAGUUGGGGAUUGUAGCAGCACCAGCAGAUGUGUCUUUAAGGCCCCCAAGCUGAAGAGAAGGAAAAAAUUUAUUCAGGCUCAGGAUAACGCCAACUUGGAAAAAAUAAAGAAACUCAGGAACGUGGUAAAGGAAAUCAAAAAAGACAACAUACAGGAGUUCUACAACGAAGAGAGACAAAAAAGAGAAAAGGAGACUACCGCGUGGAAGGUGAUCCUGUACAACGACGAUAUUCACAAUUUCACCUACGUAACGGACAUUAUCGUAAAGGUAAUUGGGCAGAUAAGCAAGGCAAAGGCGCACACCAUCACGGUAGAGGCCCAUAGCACAGGUCAGGCUCUCAUUUUGUCAACCUGGAGAUCGCAAGCGGAAAGAUACUGUGAAGAACUGCAGAAAAACGGUCUUACCGUUUCGAUCAUUCACGAGAGUCAGCUGAAGGAGAAGAAAAAAGGCCCGGACGCGGGCUCAUAA